AUGCCUAGCACCAGCGGGAGUAGCAAGAAAGGUCCCUUCCAUAGACCCCCGGUAGAGAAGGAGGAGAUUCCCACUCCAGAGAUGUUCCUGGAAGUCCUUAAAUCCCAGUGGGAUAAGACAGGAUCGUUUUCCAAUCUGGGGGGCAAUGAGCGGAGGUUCUACAAUCUCAAUCCUACCUUUGCCCAAGCACUCCAGCUCCUGGAGGUGGACACCCCGGUUGCCACUCUAACCUCAGCCUCAACCGUAGUGACGGGAGACAUUGCCAACUGCCUUAAAGCAGAGGAUAAGAAGGCGGAGACCAUUUUACGUAAGACAUUCCAGGCAAUAACCUGGGCCAUUAGGGCGGCCGCUUCUGCAUCCUGUUUCAACAGAUCUACCAUGCUGUGGCUGGAACAGCUGAGAGACAGGACCCUGGCUACUGCGGCGUCCAGGCGCCUGCUGUGGUUACGCCACUGGCAGGCGGAGUCCCGGGCUAAGUGGCACCUAGCAGGAGCAGAUUAUGCCGGGGACAAACGCUUCGGUGCCUUGCUGGAUCCUAUCCUGGUGGAGGACAAAAACAAAUGGAAGGUUUUCCCAGCCACGACCAGGCGGUCGAACUACCAACAUGCCUCUUACCCCAGGAGAACAUCUUACCGCCCGCCUGAAUCGGACGCCCAGAAUCACAGACCCAAACAGCCUCUAGACCCUGGGUCAGGACAUCAACAGCACUUCCUGAACGAUCUCAGUCAAGAUGAACAAUUGGUUGCUGGAGUUGUGUUAAUAAUCACAGGUGUGUGUUUUCAAGUGAAACUCCACAAUGCUUUUCUCGUACUGAAUGAAGCUGCUUCAGGAGUAGCUGUGACCAUAACAGUUAUUGGUGCGCUUAUUAUCAUUCUGUCUGGCUUUGGAGCAAUUGCUUUAUUCAGCUCUAACAAAGCUAUGAUCAAAUUGUUCACAGGUUUACUGGUGUUGCUCUUGAUCACUGAAAUCCUAAUUGUUGCCACUGCCUAUGCGUGCAGACUAAAGCUACACCAGACUAUAUCCAAGGAUUUCAUGAGGAUACUGAACAAGUAUGAUAACAAAGUGCAGAUCACCAAGGGGGUGGAUACUCUCCAGGCAGAGUUUCAAUGCUGUGGUGUGGAGAACUAUACAGACUGGCAAAACACAACCUUUGGACUGCUCUCUUCAUCUGUCCCCAAAAGCUGCUGUAAAGUGCCCAUGGAAAGCUGUGUUACUGAUCUAAACCAAAAUAUAGUUGGCAUUAAUCAGGAGGUAACUGGGAUCAUGCUUUGCUAUAUUCUGCUGAAAGUAACAAAUGAAGACUAUGAUAUCAUUGAACAAGCUUAA